UAAAACCCUUCCAGCUCCUCCAGAACAUAUUCCAAAAUGUAACAGUCCAGUGGAAGGACCAGGAAUGGACUUGGAUCCUAGCUGGUAUGGAGGGAAGGUAACCAGAUACGAAGCAGAGGUUGCUCUCAGAAAGGUGAACAAGGAUGGUGCAUUCUUGGUGAGGGACAGCACCAAAGACUCAGCUGAACAUCCCUACACCCUAAUGCUACUAAAAGAAGACAAGGUUUACAAUAUUAAGAUUCGUAGCCAAGGCAACUCUUUUUCCCUGGGCAACAGCCUCAAGAACACCAAGAGUUUCCCUGGGGUGAGGGAGAUGAUUACCCAUCAUGCACACACCCCGCUGCUGCUCAUUGAUGCCACAGAGCAGAGUUCUGAAGCGCAGAGCAAGUGCUGUCUACUGCACCCUGCAGGACUCUGACCAGUACCAACAUCAACUUUAAUGUGGGCGUUUGUCUCUGUGUGCCUUUGUGCUAAUUUGUGCUCAUCUGUACAAAUGUUGGAAUU